GAGAUGUACACACGAUGGAGUCGCAGUAAAUCCCCCAUGCAGGCCCCUCCCAUGGACUUCUCCUUCCGGGGGAUCAGCUUCGUACAAGACAUGCUGACGGAGGAGCCCCGCCCCGGCGUGAAGCCCAUCAAGCAGACGGAAGAAGGCCGGCUGCUGACCCAGGCGGUGCGCCUCAAUAACAACACCCUCAACGACCUGACGGAGCUCACAGACACCCUGCAGAAGCUGCUGGAGCACCCGGAGGACAUCUACUGGAUCGACCUCUCCUUCAACGACCUGCCCACCAUUGACUCGGUGCUGACCACUUACUACAACCUCCGCAACCUCAACCUCCACGGGAACAGCAUCCACAAACUGUCGGAUGUCGACAAACUGGCCGUCCUUCCCCACCUGCGCAGCCUCACGCUGCACGGAAACCCCAUUGAAGAGGAGAAGGGCUACAGGAGCUACGUCAUCUCCACUCUGCCCAACCUGAAGUCCUUCGAUUUCAGCACCAUCACAAAGCUCGACCGCUCCACUGCUGCCGUGUGGCGCCGCAUGAACAUUAAGCCCAAGAAGAUUCGGAAGAGACUGAGCAACUACUGAUAGCCCGGCCCCUCCA